AAAAUAUUGUUUUUUCAAAUGAAGGAGUGGCAAGAGUUUGGGUUUUCAGGGAAGGACUUGGAGACCCUGAAUUCUCAGGGAAGGACUUUCCGGCAUGUUAUAAAUACCCUCGUUUUUUCUUCACAAUUUGCCACCCAUCUUUCUUCUCUUUAUCUUCACACCACCAUUAAAUACUGUCUUUCACUUUUUAACAAGUUUCCACUCUAAAAAUGACGAUCAUUGUGGAUCAACCCCAAUUUGAGAACGAAGAUAAAGUGCAGAUCCCAAAGAACGGGGAGAAAUCAGAACUGGUGUUGGAUGGUGGAUUUUGUGUUCCCGAUGCUAACACUUUUGGCCACAAUUUUAGGGAUUACGAUGUAGAGAGUGAAAGACAAAAGAGCGUGGAAGACUUUUACCGGGUCAAUCACAUCAACCAAACGGUUGAUUUUGUGAAAAGGAUGAGACAUGAGUAUGAAAAACUAGACAAAGUCGAACUGAGCAUCUGGGAAUGUUGUGAACUGUUGAAUGAGAUAGUCGAUGAGAGUGAUCCAGACUUAGAUGAACCUCAAAUCGAGCACUUAUUACAGACCGCUGAGGCUAUAAGAACAGACUAUCCAAACCAAGAUUGGCUUCAUUUGACUGCUUUGAUCCAUGAUCUUGGAAAGGUUCUACUUCAUCCUAGUUUUGGAGAACUUCCUCAAUGGGCUGUUGUUGGUGACACGUUUCCUGUUGGGUGUGCUUUUGACAAAUCAAUUGUUCACAACAAGUACUUUGUGGAUAAUCCAGACUACAAUAAUCCUAUUUACAAUUCGAAACAUGGAAUUUACUCACAGGGAUGUGGACUUGAGAAUGUUAUGAUGUCAUGGGGGCAUGAUGAUUACAUGUAUUUGGUGGCAAAAGAGAACAGGACCACUCUUCCAUCGGCUGGGCUUUUCGUCAUAACAUAUCAUUCCUUCUAUGCACUGCAUCGAUCUGGAGCAUAUAAGCACUUGAUGAAUGAAGAAGAUGCCGAGAAUCUAAAGUGGCUUCAAAUAUUCAAUAAGUACGACUUAUAUAGCAAGAGUAAAGUUCGGGUGGACGUUGAAAAAGUGAAACCAUACUAUCAGUCUCUCAUUAACAAGUAUUUUCCUGCAAAGCUCAAGUGGUGAGGAGAUAAUGAAGAGCUUAAUUGUGUUGGCUAAUUAGAGUAUCAUGAAUAGAAAUAAGUAAUUUCUCAUUUCAGAGCAGAAAAUAAUAUCAGAAUGAUAGGAUAUAAGUACAACAAAUGUUUGUUUCAUUAUAUGUUGAUUUGUUGUCAGCCGUGUCUCUUUCUUUCCUUUUUUUGUAUUAUCAUGUGGUUAAUGUAAGGGUUUGGUGU